CAAAAUAUAUGACGUUUAUAUGUUGACAGUAUCAAUUAUUUAUAACCAUAUGUUUAAAUAAUUUUGGGUAAUUUGAAUUAUCUUGGAGAGACAAUUUGGUGUACCUACUAUUAUACAUAUUUAAAUACUCUAGUGGACAAUUUGAAAUUAAUUGAAAAUGACUGACUGGGACGAAGUCAAACGCUUAGCAGCUGAUUUUCAAAAAGUUCAACUUGGCAGUGCUACUCAAAGGUUGUCCGAAAGAAAUUGCAUUGAAAUAAUAUCAUGGUUGAGAGAAAAAAAAAUGAUAGAUUUGAUUUUCUCAUCAGAUGGGAAAGAAUGUUUAACACCUGACCAGCUACUAAGAGAUAUGCAAGAUGAGAUUUAUGCCAGUGGGGGAAGAAUUGAUAUUGUAGAUUUAGCGAAAAUCAUUGGCGUCGAUCUAGCUCAUGUAAAUAACCAUCUGAAUGCAUUACUCAAACAUCAAAAAAAUUUGAACUUUAUUGUGGGACAGCUGAUUGAUUCUACUUAUAUCAACAAGAUAGUUAUUGAAAUCAAUGAAAAAUUGACUGCUCAGGGUCAAAUAAAUGUAAAUGAUUUAUCAAUGCAUUAUGAUCUACCUGGGGAAUUUUUGCAACAGAUCUUAGAGAAAAAUUUGAACAAAUCAUUGAUUGGGAAGCAAGAUAAAAGUGAUCCCAAAGUUUUUUUCACAGAAUUCUUUUUAGCAAGAAAUGUUGCUAAGAUAAGAGGUGCUAUUUUUGGACUCACUAAACCCACUCCUGUCGCAUCUAUCUUGAAUCAUAUUGAUGUUACCGAGAAGUUAUUCUUUAGUCUAUUUGAUCAAGCUAUGGGAUGUGGAUUAUUAACAAGCCGUUUAGUUGGUGCUCAGUAUAUUCCAGAUAUACAUUCUAAGUCGGUGCAUGACUGGGUCAACAACUUUUUUACUCAAAAUUCAUAUUUGGAGUAUGAUACUCUCAAAAGACUUGGAGUAUUUGAUUAUCAGUCAUAUGUUAAAAAACAGUUUAAUUCAGAGAAAAUUAUAUUUUUAAACUCAUGCUUGAUCUCAAGUGACUUAUUAGACAGAUUACUGGAUGAAGUAGAAGAUUGCAUAAGUAGUAAAUCAUUCACAGAUGUUCCAUCAAUUUUGCCUUCUGUAUUUAAUGAGAAGGAUAUUUCAUCAUUGUUAGAAUAUGUAAUGACACCACAAAGAAAGCAACAAAUAAUAGUUAUUGACAGUUUCAUCAUCAGCUUGGCUUUCAUUGAUAAAUUAAUGGAACUUUGUAAACAAGUAGCAGAAGAAAAUGCUAAAAAAUGUGUUGAAUCAGGUUUGUACCAAGAGUAUAAAAUGAAGCUUUUGACAGGAGCUCAACAGAAAUCUGAAAAAGUGGAUGAUUUUGAGGAAAAAGUAGAUAAGAGAGAAGAAAGAAGGAAAAAAGCUGCAGGAGGUAAAUCUGGUGGCGGUACCCAAGGUAGGGAAACUAAAACAAGAUCCACCAAGAAAGCAAAGGGUAACACAACAAAUCAGGAUACGACUAUUGUGGAUAACUCUGAAAAGAAACAAAUAUUAGAAAUAUUAUCUAAAGGUGAUAUUUCCAAUUGUAUUGAAAACAUUGUUGUUGAUGCUGGAUUGGACCUCAUAAUUGAAUCAAUAGUAGAAUAUAUUUUAGUAAGAUUGAACAAUGAUGCUUUGAAAAUUGCAGAGAAUAUCUAUGCUAAAACAGUCGUUGAUCAGACUGCAAACAGAAGGCAUACACACAAUGAAUUACAACAAAAAUUGAACAACCUUAUUGGAGAUGUAAGAUUAUUUGAAAAGGGCAUAAAAUUAUUUCCAUCCGAUGUACAGAAUCAUUUGUAUAAAUAUUUACUGAAAUCUAUAUGUACAGAUAUUGUCAAUGAGAUUCUUAAUUACCUUGCCCAAGAAAAUAAUUUGAGCGUCAACCUGAUCAAUAAUGAUCAAAGAAUGAAGUUUGUGAAUGAAUUACCACCAGAUGUCCGUAAUCCACUUCUUCCUUUAAUAAAAUCUUUAUCUUCAGGGAAUAUAGAUGAAUUUAUGGGUUCUAUUGAUGAAGCCCUAGGUGCUUGCAGUAUGAUCCUCAAGAAAAUUGACAAGAAGAAAGACAGGCUUAUAGUUCUGAACCACAAACAUGAAUUGUUGGAGCAAUUGAAUAAAUGUGAUGAUUUGGCACUGGUUUUACAUUUGGCUGUAUUGGUGAUCUUCACAACUGCUACCCAGUGUAUGUUACAUGCUAGUGGAAGACAUUUGCAACAAAUUUUGCGUUACUUGAAGCAAUAUCUGACAGUAGAACAUAUGGGAGAACUUAAUUCUUAUCAUGAUUAUGUUAGUUUAAUGCUGAGUGGUGGAUCAGAAGAAGAAAAUGUACGACAGAAACUGAAGGAAAUGGUACCUACAAUCAGAAAUAUUGCGAAUGAAUUCAAAAAAACAACUGCAGAAAAAAGCUGACCUUAAUAAUUGUUCAAUUCGAUGGGUAUAAUGUUCAUUCUGAUGUCAAUAUUCAAUUAUUUGUAAAUAAUUCAGAGAUUUACCAUUUGUUUCCAAAUAAACAUUUAUUUACA